AGUGAGACUUGGUGCGCUUUUGACCCUCCUUGGACAGAUUCGCCCGGGGCUGCCUUUCCCAGCCCCGGCUGUGUCCGUACAAGGUGCUCCCACUCGGCAGGACCGAACAGGGGCAAUGGAGGGGGACCGCCCCCUCAGCCCUCGAAGGUCCCUGAGAAGACGACCACGCGCGGCCUGACCUGCCGUCCUCUCGUGGAGCCCAUGGGCGCGUCCCCGCGGGCGGGCAGCAGACGUGAGAGUGGCGAGCGGCUCCGAGAAGGGCCGUGCUCGUGCUCUGCUUCGCGCAGGACGCGCACGCGCGCCCCCGUCGUAGCCCCGGCCGCGCCCGCCCCGCCUCUCAGCGCCGGCCCGGGAGCCCGGUCCGUGAGCGGCGGCGGCGGCCGGAGGGACGAUGAGCGGCGCGGCGCGGGCGGGCCCGGCCCGGCUCGCCGCGCUCGCACUGCUGACCUGCAGCCUGUGGCCGGCGCGGGCGGACAACGCCAGCCAGGAGUACUACACGGCGCUCAUCAACGUGACGGUGCAGGAGCCCGGCCGCGGCGCCCCACUCACGUUCCGCAUAGACCGCGGGCGCUACGGGCUCGACUCUCCCAAGGCCGAGGUCCGCGGCCAAGUGCUGGCGCCGCUACCCAUCCACGGAGUUGCUGAUCAUCUGGGCUGUGAUCCUCAAACAAGAUUCUUUGUUCCUCCUAAUAUCAAGCAGUGGAUUGCCUUGCUGCAAAGGGGAAAUUGCACAUUUAAAGAGAAAAUAUCACGGGCUGCUUUUCACAAUGCAGUUGCUGUAGUCAUCUACAAUAAUAAAUCCAAAGAGGAGCCAGUCACCAUGACUCAUCCAGGCACUGGAGAUAUUAUUGCUGUCAUGAUAACAGAAUUGAGGGGUAAGGAUAUUUUGAGUUAUCUGGAGAAAAACAUCUCUGUACAAAUGACAAUAGCUGUUGGAACUCGGAUGCCACCAAAGAACUUCAGCCGUGGUUCUCUAGUCUUCGUGUCAAUAUCCUUUAUUGUUUUGAUGAUUAUUUCUUCAGCAUGGCUCAUAUUCUACUUCAUUCAGAAGAUCAGGUACACAAAUGCACGUGACAGGAACCAGCGUCGUCUUGGAGAUGCAGCCAAGAAAGCCAUCAGUAAAUUGACAACCAGAACAGUAAAAAAGGGCGAUAAGGAAACAGACCCAGACUUUGAUCAUUGUGCAGUGUGCAUAGAGAGCUAUAAGCAGAAUGAUGUUGUUCGGAUCCUGCCCUGCAAGCAUGUUUUUCACAAAUCAUGCGUGGAUCCAUGGCUUAGUGAACAUUGUACCUGUCCUAUGUGCAAACUUAAUAUUUUGAAGGCUCUGGGAAUUGUGCCAAAUCUGCCAUGUACUGAUAAUGUAGCAUUUGAUAUGGAAAGGCUCACCAGAACCCAAGCAGUUAACCGAAGAUCAGCCCUAGGUGACCUCGCCAAUGACACCUCCCUUGGCCUUGAGCCACUUCGAACUUCGGGGAUAUCACCUCUUCCUCAGGAUGGGGAGCUCACUCCUAGAACAGGAGAAAUCAACAUUGCAGUAACAAGUGGUCACUUCUUUCACCGAAAUUCCUUGUCCCCUCGAAGCCUGGUGUAUGAAAGCGAAUUCUCCACAAUUGAACCUUCUUUGGACAUUGUCCAUUUUGGAAGAAUGAUAGUGCUUCCAAGCACAGUUUGGGGUUCAGGGUUAAAUUGCAAAGUUCCCCAAAGUGAGGCUUUGAGAACAGCAUUAUUGCCCAGGUGAGCCUUGUGGUAUUGAAUGCCUGCCCAAAGUUGGCCACUGAACAUGGGCACCCAACAGGCCUGGCCAUUUCCAGAGAAGAGGCAGGAGUCAGGGGUUAAGGUUGCAUUGCAAACAUGUCCCUGAAUAAUCACAUGCUAUUCUGUGUUGGGGUGGCAUUGUUGUUUUUUUUUUGUGUGUGUGUGUGUGUG